AUGUUGUGUGAUAACCUGUGUGACAAGUCAGAUAAGCGAGAUCUUCUAAAGAGUAUAGAUGGAGAUGAAGAUAUAAGAAAGGUAUAUGGUUUCCAUGCAGGAGACUGGUUACUUGACCACGGCUGCUGUAUUGAUGCUAGAAACCAGGCAGGACAAACAGCAUUACAUGUUUGUGUUCAGUGUGAUGAGCUUAAAAACCUCAAGUUUCUGUUGAACAGAGGUGCUGAUAUGUCAUGUGUAGACAAUGAAGGUAACUCUGUGCUGCAUUAUGCUGUGGAGAGGUUUCAGGCUGAGGCUGUGGACACAUUGUUAGAGUCGGGUGCUGUGGAUAGUAAAAAUAAUGAUGGAAUCACUGCUUUUGAUCUGGCUUUCAGUAAAAUGAAUCUUUAUCUUGAUGAAGACAAUAUGAGCAAAUGUUGCGAGAUAAUUAAUCUUUUGUCUGAUCAUUGA